AAACAUUAUUGGAGCGCUUUUUAUUUAAAUUCUAAGAAAAUGGAUACGUUAUUAUUAAAUUAAGAAUGUUGAUUGUUAUUUGGUUGCUUAUUACUAGUGUAAUUUACACUAAACAAUUUGAUGACAUUGAAUCAAGUUGUUCUAGCGGAGGAUGUGAUGGAGAAAAUGAAAUAAAUCAUGAAAAGAAUAAAUAUAAAAACCCUGAUGGUAAGUGGAGUAAAUAUAUUAGGCUGAUCAAAGAUUCUGUAUCAAUGUACAAGCCGUGCAAAACUGAGGACUGUUUUUUGUUGCAAAGGCGAGCUGACUUUCGGUUAUGGAUAGAUCGUGGGGGUAUUCAUGAAUCAGAUUUUCAAAAUGGAAUAAAAUUAGGAGAGCAUUACAAAAUAAUAAACCAUACUUUAUUUAGAAAGAAAGAAUGUAUUUUUCCAUCCAGAUGUAAAGGAAAUGAGCAUUUUAUUCUGCAAUUAAUCAACCAACUUCCUGAUAUGGAAAUGAUUAUUAACACUUAUGAUUGGCCUAAAGUAUAUAAAUAUUCAGCACUUGCUCCUGUUUUCUCGUUCAGUAAACAGAUAAAUGGUUCUUAUGAUAUUUUAUAUCCAGCAUGGUCCUUUUGGGAAGGUGGUCCUGCAAUUGGUCCAUAUCCAACUGGGAUUGGAAGAUGGGAUAUAUUUACUCAAACACUAACAAAAGAAGCUGAAUUGUGGCCAUGGGAAAAAAAGUUGAAACAAGGGUUUUUUCGAGGUUCAAGAACAAGUAAUGAGCGAGACCCUUUGAUCCUUUUGUCUCGAGAGCAGCCAUUGUUAAUUGAUGCACAAUACACAAAAAACCAGGCUUGGAAAUCUAACGAGGAUACUCUAAAUGCUCCUCCUGCAGCAGAAGUGACAAUGGAAGAACAUUGCAGAUAUAAGUAUUUGUUUAAUUUUCGUGGCAUUGCUGCCAGUUUUCGUUUUAAACAUUUGUUUCUCUGCGAAUCAUUGGUGUUUCAUGUUGGUGAUGAAUGGAUUGAGUUUUUUUACCCUGCAAUGAAGCCUUGGGUUCAUUAUGUUCCAGUUUCUAAAAGUUUGGUUGAAGUCAGAGACCUGUUGCAGUUUUUUAAUGAAAAUGAUCAUCUUGCAAAAGAGAUAGCUAAUAGAGGCCAAAGUUUUGUCCGCACUAAUUUGCGUAUGUCUGACGUUAGUCUCUAUUGGUACAAUUUAUUGAAACGGUAUGCAAAACUAUCCAAGUGGAAAGUUCUCAAAGACCCAAGUUUUAUUGAAGUUAAAUUGUAGAUUUAUCAAAGUUGUAUAAUACUUUGUAAAAAAUAAGAUCAAACAAAUCCAAACUAAAGAGUUGCAGCUAAAUAAAGCAGUUAUUACUAAAUUUUUAAAUAGUUUGCAGCUAGAUAAAUUCAUGUAAUAAAGGAUUUUAUGGAAAAUCUGUUUUAGAAUAAAGAGUUACAAUAUGCAUACCACACUUAAUUACCACACUUCUUAUAGAAAUAUUAUAGUAAUAAGAAUGUAAUUAGUAUAUUAUAUUAUAUUAUUUAUUAGUAUUAAAGAAAAUAUUUGUUUGAUGGU